AUGUCGUUGAUCCCAGCUUUCUUCGGGAGGCGCAGCACCAACGUCUGCGAUCCGUUCUCUCUGGAUGUCUGGGAUCCUUUCCAGGGAUUCCCCUUCGGGAACAACCACAACUCCCUCUCCCUCUCGCGCCGGGGGUGGGACUCUGAGACCUCCGCCUUCGCCGGUACCCGCGUCGACUGGAAGGAGACCCCGGAGGCUCACGUCUUCACCGCCGACCUUCCGGGGGUGAAGAAGGAGGAGGUGAAGGUGGAGGUGGAGGAGGGCCGCAUCCUCCAGAUCAGCGGGCAGAGGAACAAGGAGAAGGAGGAGAAGAGAGACAGGUGGCACCGCGUGGAGAGGAGCAGCGGCGGGUUCCUGAGGCGGUUCCGGCUCCCGGAGAACGCCAAGGCGGAUCUGGUGCAGGCGUCCAUGGAGAACGGGGUGCUGACCGUGACCGUUCCCAAGGAGGAAGUGAAGAAGCCGGAGGUCAAGUCCAUCGAGAUCUCCGGCUGA